AUGGGCAUCCAUGCUGUUAGCGUCAUGCUAGAGGCUCUCAAUAGAGAUGCCCAACAUGCUACUAUCGCCAAGUUCAUUCAAAAUGAACUUGACGCUGAACGCGAGAAAGUAGCCUUGCUUCACCAACAUGGUUCUCAACAAGCAGAGUUGUUGAGAGAACAGGGUGCUCAACAGUUUGAACUGUUGAGACAGCAGCAGGCUGCUGCUGGUGGGUCGAUGAUCUCGCGUCGACCCGAAGCCUUGGGAUUGACAUCUCCAAAUGACGCCAUAAGGGCGCGUCGCAUCGACGACGGGGAUAUGCAAGUUGCAUUUGCCCAGUCAAAUCUGGCAGGACGUGCCAAGACUUGGGCACAGGGGCUCAAGCUGCACGACCCAUAUGCGUUUGGGUCGUUGGAAGUCUUCAAGUCGCGGCUCAGACAAACGUUUGAACCGCCUAGAGCUGAGUUCAGGGCUCGAACCGAACUCUUGAAGGUCAAGCAGGGUAAGCGUGAUGUGCACGCUUACGCUCAACAUAUACGACAUCUCACGAGUUGUAUAAGUUCCAAUCCGGUGGAUGAACACACGUUGGUUUCGGUGUUCAUGCGGGGUCUUGCGGAUGAUCCCGUCAAGACUCACCUGUUCCGGCUUGAACUAGAUUCACUAGAACAAGCCAUUUCCAUUGCGGAACAGGAAGACUUCAGUCUGAGACAGGCUCGCGCCAGCUCGACAUCAUAUCGUCAACCGAGACGAUAUGACAACGGAGGUCCAGAGCCGAUGGAACUCUGUUAUGUAGAGAGCGAGAAGGCUCGCUCUACAGACUACAAGAAGUUGCAGAGAUGCAACAGAUGUCAACAGACAGGACACUACGCUUACGAGUGUAGUGCCCCUCGUCCAGUGUCUCGCAACACUGGGCGUAGUGACCGUCCACCCGUGGGAAAGGGGCAGGGACGCGGGUCCGCAGUUGGUGCAAAGACGCAGCAACGGGAUCGACCGUCAAAAAACGGACAGGAUCAGUAG